UCACAUGUCAAUUAUAGGUUAUAGGUUUGAAAUUUCAAUUUUCCCCAAAAGUGUAAACAAAACGUUAUUUUAUAAACGUGAACUUCAAUCAAAAUGAGAAUUUUUUGAUGAAAAUUCCAAGUGUUAAAAAAAUAGGUUCCACGUUAUUUAACCGAUAUUUCCGGUUCUUUAAUUUUUGUUGAAUUAGUGAUUAAUUAUGGAUAGCGAAGAAGAUACAAUCAACGAUUCUUUUGAAGAUGAUGAAAUGACUCAGAAUGAACCCAUUGAAACAGAUCAAUUCAAAAUAAUGUUAGCUACCGAUAUUCACUUAGGCUACAAAGAAAAUGAUUCUAUUAGAGGAGAAGACACUUUCAAUACAUUCGAAGAAAUAUUGAAAAUAGCUAUUGCUGCAAAAGUUGAUUUUAUUCUAUUAGGGGGUGAUUUGUUUCAUGAUACAAAACCUAGUCCUUCUUGUUUCAAUAAAUGUAUAAGGUUGCUCAGAAAAUAUUGCUUAGGGGAUAAUCCAGUCAGUAUAGAAAUAUUGUCCGAUCAACAAAUCAAUUUUGAUCAUACUUUGAAUAAACAGGUUAAUUAUGAGGAUCCUAACUUAAAUGUGGGAAUCCCUGUUUUUUCAAUUCAUGGCAAUCAUGAUGAUCCUACUGGUAGGAACCAUGUAUCUGCCAUGGAUCUUUUAGCAUCCUCUGGCUUAGUGAAUUAUUUCGGUCGAUGGCAGGAUCUUACUCGGGUUGAAAUCAACCCAAUUCUAAUGAGAAAAGGAAGAAGUUUAUUGGCUCUCUACGGUUUAUCACAUAUUUCAGACCAGCGGUUGGGAAGGCUCUUUCUUGAAAAAAAGGUCUCAAUAGCUAAGCCUGAUAAUUUCAACAAUCAGGAAUUCUUCAAUUUAUUGGUAUUACAUCAAAAUAGAGCCCCAAGAGGCCCUAAAAAUUUCAUACCUGCCGACGCAAUUCCCAAAGAUAUCGAUUUAGUUAUGUGGGGACAUGAACAUGACUGCAGAAUAACGCCUGAAAAAGUAGGUGAAGUUUUUAUAACACAACCAGGUAGUUCUGUUGCAACAUCAUUGGCUGCAGGAGAAGCGUUAACCAAGAAAGUGGGUAUCUUGAGGAUUCACAAGAAACAAUUCAAGAUUGAUGAAAUUGAACUUCGGACUGUUCGUCCGUUCAUAUUUGAAGAUCUUUUACUUGAUUUUCCUGAAGUUCCUAUGCAAGAUCAAUUGGAAAAAUGUAAAAAGGUGAUAAGUAUGCACGUUGAACAAAUGAUCGAAAAGGCAGCACAGUUAAACCGCAUCCCAGAAGGUAUCUUACCACUUAUCCGAUUAAGAGCUCAUUACAAGCAUGAAGAUCAACUUUUCAAUGCGAUCAAAUUCAGUCAGCAAUUUGUGGGAAGGGUUGCAAAUCCUGAAGAUAUCCUGAAAUUUAUUAGUGUAUCUGGUGCCAAAAGGCAAACCACACUCUUUGAUAAGGAUCUUGAUGAAGAUAUUCGUUUCAAUCCAAAUAUUCGUAGGGUUGAAGAUAUCAUAUUGAAAUAUUUUGUUAAAAAUGAAAUGACUGUUCUUUCUGCAAAGGGUUUAACAGAUGGUGUAAUGAAAUAUAUUGAUACUGAUGAUAAUGAGGCUCCUCUGCAGAUAAUAGAUCACCAGUUUGAGAAAACGUUGAAGAAAAUGAAAGAACUUGAUCCUGAAGAAGAUGAAAUCGAAAGCUGUUUGGAAAACUUGCGACAAAUGAGGGGAGAUCAGGAUGAAGAUGAAGAGGUGAAAAAUAUCUUAAGCAGGAGGGCGGUGAAUAAAUCAUUGGAUAGUGAUGAUGAUGCCGUUAGUAUAAUCAUUGAUGAUGAUGAUGAUGCUGAUGCAUCUAGAGCAGUUGCUGCAACUUCACGUCCUGCUAGAGGUAGAGGUUCAAGGGGAGGUAGAGGAUCAAGAAAUACGAGAGGAGGAACCAGGGGCAGAGGUAAAGCUAAAGAAAAGGCCUGAAUAUUUUAUUCCAUGUCCCUAACAUUUUUCAUGUUUUGGUGAUGUCUUUUGCAUUGUUAUUUUUUAUGAAUUGUUGUCUUCUAUCAUGUUAUAUACAAAUAAAACAUUCCAUAUUUUAAAA